AUGGCAGACCAGGGGUUGGAGAUGGCCUCGAUGAUCCCAGCCCUCAGGGAACUGGGCAGUGCAAGUCCAGAGGAAUACAGUACUGUUGUUCAGAAGCCAAGACAAAUACUCUGCCAGUUCAUUGAUCGAAUCUUACUGGAUGUAGAUGUUGUGGCUCUAGAACUUGUUAAGAAAACUGAGUCUCAGCCAAGUUCUGUAAUGUUGCUUGACUUCAUUCUGCAUAUCAUGAAAUCAUCCCCACUUAUAUUUAUAAAUGUACCUGAAAGUCAUCAGCAAAGCGAUGCAGAGUCCAGCUGUAUUGAAUUCAGCAAAUGGAUCAUAGCCAGGCUUUUGAGGAUCGCUGCUGCUCCAAACUGCCACGCUUUACAUGAGAAUAUUAUUAAUGUUGUUUGCUCUUUACUAUGUCUUUUCAAAGUCAAAAACUGUACCAUAUUUAACUUGUUGUCCAGAGAGUUGCUGCAUCUUCUUCAAGACCUGGUUUUACUUCAUGAAAGAAAUAUGGGGAUGUGCUUCCAGGGAGAUGUAUUGAGCUGGCCUGUGAUUGUGAGCAGGUUUUCGUGCAACUCCAAUGUACAUCUGGGCUGUUUAAGUUCCGUCCAACUACAGUUAAUGGAUAUGAGAAAUGUGGAAAGCUUGGAAAUAACUUUGAUAAGAAUUCUUACUGACAUAGUUUCUUAUGUGUUUUUUAAACCCCAGGAUGUCACCUUUUGGGGAAUAGGGUGUUCCCUAUUAGAGUAUGGUAGCCCAAAAGUCAAAGUUUUGAGCAUAACCUUUUUGACAGAGCUGGUACAGCUAGGAGGGCCUCCAGAAGAGAUGGCCAGCAGUUUCUUCCCAAUGCUUUUUGGAAUCUUGCAGUCCAUUCAUGAAAUGGAUGCUGCAAAACUGGGCCUCUACGAGGAUCCACUCCUCAUCUUGGUGAAAGCUUUAUUUCCAUUUGAAGUGCAUGCCCAUGAGAAUAUUGAACCUAUUUAUCUAAACAUAUUACUGGAAAAACUCCAUGCCUUGUUUGAAGCUGAUGCAUUGAGACUUCUUCAGUCUGAGAAGGUGAAGGGAGCUUUAUGUCACAUACUGCAGUAUUUCAUGAUGUUUGUGCCAGCUGGAUAUGAAUCUGCUGUCCCAGUUAGAAGGACCCGUAUUAACAGCAUCUGCAGAUUUUUUGUCGCCAUCUUUGGGAGCCAGGUGGAGCAGGAGUAUCUGCUGAGUCCCCUUUAUAUAGCCUUGAAGACUGAAGCAACCAAGAUCAUCCGGGAGCAGCAGUGUAGCAGUCAUUCGGAGACAUCUGAUACUGAUGGGGGGAACAGCAGUAAUGAUGAAGUUCCGGAAAAAAGGCUACGUUUAAGUCUCUCCUUAAAGCAAUCUAAAAAACCUCCAACACCACCAGGCCCCAGCCAGGUGGAUAUGAAACUGAAGAGCAUGUUGUGGAAUGAGAUAAGCAAGAAAGCGGAAUCUUUGUUGUUGCUCUUGGAACAAGACAUUCUUCCGGUGGAAGUUCUGCAAGCCAUAGACGGAAUUGCUUUAAUAGUUCAGCUAGCUGCUCUGUGCACUGUACACUGUAUGGAAGAUUUCAAUAGCGUAGAUUGUCAAGUCGCUCAUCUGUGUAACGUACCCAGUCAUAAACAUAAUAAUACUGUUUGGCCUUUGGAAUCAGGGGAGCAUGUCCAGUUAAUCUGGAUUUCUUCAGAAUUUAUCAUGAGAGCAGUGAAAGUUUGUUGGAAGCUUUUGAAGCCUGCUUCACGAAUAACUGAUCUUGAACCAGUGAUACAAAAAGUUGUGAAAAUAAUUGAUGCCUUUCUUUACAUGCAAGCUAAAAUUGAGUUCAGUGAUGAGAUGAUUGAAAACUUCUUUGGAAUACUAGCUUUGCCAUGGAUUUCCAGCCGUUGCAAUGACACUUCGCUCAAGCUGCCUGCACUUAAUUUGGAUCUUCUGACUGUGAGCCAACACACUGCAAGCCAUUUUUCACCUGAGACUCUGUCGAAGUGUGUGUUUCUCCUUUCUCUGAUUCCCAAAAAAUUAUAUCUGAAGUGGAGACGUUCUGUUUAUCAGCGUGCCCUACAGAAUCCCCAUGAAAUUGUCAGAGCUAACUGUGUUAGAGGAUUUCCUAUCCUGCUGCACCACUCAGCUGUAAAAUCCCGAACCACACUGUCUGCAGCUUGCUUAGACCACAUACAGGAUGAAUCUCUAUUAGUCCAGAAAGCUUAUGCCAGUAUCAUUGGAAGCUUGGCUUGCUGCCUUUCUGACAACUUUAAUUUAAAACCUUCUUUAACUAAACCUGACGUCCAGCCCAAAAGCUGUGGCAUCCUCUGCAGCGGAUUUGUUGUGACUCCUUCUCAUGAGGAAGUGUGUGCAGUGAAAGCUGAUGUGUUUAAGCCAUUUUUAAAUCUUGUUGAAAACAGCAUAGCCAGUUCAGUAAAGCUUGUUUUAAUAGAGAACGUUCCUCUACUUUGUAAACACCUGGACUUCAGAAGAGAUGAAGUAAAUGUAAAACCUAUUGUUGGGGCUUUCUUAAAGCUAAUGGAAGAUCCAGAUAAAGAUGUAAGAGUAGCCUUUAGUGACCACAUCAAAUAUGUACUGGAUUCUUCAGGCUCUGAGGAAGGAUUCAUCAAGGAGCUCUUUGUUUCCAGAAUGAAAGAAGCCUAUACAAAUGCUAAAAUAUCACGAAAUAGUGAACUGAAGGACACACUUAUUCUCACAACAGGAGAUAUUGGAAGGGCAGCGAAAGGAGAUCUGGUGCGUUUUGCACUCUUACACUUGUUGCAUUGCUUACUUUCCAAGUCGGCAUCUGUGGCUGGAGCAGCAUAUACAGAAAUCAGAACUCUGGCUGCAGCCAAGUCUGUAAAGCUGCAAGUCUUUUUCAGUCAAUACAAAAAACCCAUCUGUCAGUUUUUAGUGGAAUCUCUGCACUCCAGUCAGAUGGCAAUGAUUUCUAGCACUCCCCGCCAAAGCAAUGAAAUGCAGAAGCAAGAGAUUGCUCAUCAAAGGGAGGCGGCCUUGGACAUGUUAUCAGAAAUUGCCAAUGUUUUUGAUUUUCCAGACCUCAAUCGUUUUCUCAAUCGGAUUCUCCAAGUUCUCUUGCCUGACCUUGCUGCCAAGGCUAGUCCUGCAGCCUCUGUACUUAUCCGAACAAUAGCAAAACAGCUAAAUGUAAACCGCAGAGAGAUCCUCAUCAACAAUUUCAAGUACAUCUUUUCUCAUUUAGUCUGCUUCUGUAGUAAAGAUGAGCUGGAGCGAGCGCUUCACUAUCUCAAGAAUGAAACAGAGAUAGAGCUGGGAAGUUUGCUGAGACAGGACUAUCAGGGAUUGCAUAAUGAACUGUUGCUACGCUUAGGAGAACACUAUCAGCAGGUCUUCAAUGGUUUAUCAAUUCUGGCUUCAUUUGCUUCGAAUGAUGACCCAUAUCAGGGACCCAAGGACAUCACAUCUCCUGAGCGAAUGGCCGAUUAUCUGCAACCAAAAUUGCUGGGCAUCUUGGCCUUCUUCAACAUGCAACUGUUGAGCUCCAGUAUUGGAAUUGAAGAUAAGAAAAUGGCCUUAAAUAGUUUGAUGGCUUUAAUGAAGCUCAUGGGUCCCAAACAUAUCAGUGCAGUGAGAGUGAAGAUGAUGACAACGCUCAGGACGGGGCUGAGAUAUAAAGAGGAUUCCCCAGAGUUGUGCUGCAAGGCUUGGGACUGCUUUGUACGAUGCUUGGACCAGAGUCAUCUUGGCUCCCUUCUCAGUCAUGUGAUCGUAGCUCUGUUGCCCCUCAUACAUAUUCAGCCAAAAGAAACAGCAGCAGUCUUCCAUUUUCUUAUAGUUGAGAACAGGGAUGCUGUACAAGAUUUUCUACACGAAAUAUAUUUUCUACCUGACCACCCUGAACUAAAAGAAAUCCAAAUAGUUCUUCAGGAAUAUAGAAAGGAAACCUCCAGGAGCACAGACCUACAGACAACACUUCAGCUCUCCAUGAAAGCUAUUCAGCAUGAGAAUGUAGAUGUUCGGAUCCACGCUCUCACCAGCCUGAAGGAAACAUUAUAUAAAAACCAAGAGAAACUGAUAAAAUAUGCAACAGAUAGUGAAACUGUUGAGCCAGUUAUUUCUCAGCUGGUGACCGUGCUCCUAAUUGGCUGUCAGGAUGUGAAUUCUCAUGCGCGGCUGCUUUGUGGGGAAUGUUUAGGUGAACUGGGAGCGGUUGAUCCAGGCAGGCUGGACUUCUCAACAAGCGACAACCAAGGAAAAGGGCUUACAUUUGUGACGGGUGUAGAAGAUCCACAUUUUGCCCAUGGAUUAUUCAUUGAGUUGACAAGAGCAUUCCUUGCUUAUGCUGAUAAUGUCCGGGCUCAAGAUUCUGCCUCAUAUGCUAUUCAGGAGUUACUCUCUAUCUAUGGUUGUAGGGAGACAGCCACUGAUUCUUCAGGCUCCAAGCUUUGGAAAAUGUUUCCUGAUCACAUUCAGGAAAUAUUGGAACCUCAUUUAAAUACACGAUACAAGAGUUAUCAGAAGGCUGUAAACUGGUCGAAGGUUAAGAAACCUAUUUACUUAAGCAAAUUAGGCAAAAACUUUGCAGAAUGGUCAGCGACUUGGGCUGGCUACCUCAUCACUAAGGUGCGACAUGACCUUGCCAGUAAGGUUUUCAACUGCUGCAGUAUUAUGAUGAAGAAUGACUACAAGGUGACAAUCUAUCUUCUUCCCCACAUUCUUGUCUAUGUUCUUUUGGGAUGCAGUCAGGAGGAUCAGCAAGAGGUUUAUGUAGAAAUCAUGGCUGUUCUGAAAAAUGAUGACACCUGUGUAAGACUAUGUGAGGAUAGUGCUUCAGAUCUAAUCCAACUAAGCACCCAAACAGUAUUCUCCAUGCUCGAUCAUCUAACACAGUGGGCUAGGUAUAAAUUCCAAAGACUGAGUGCUGAGAAAGCAGCUAGCAAAUCUAACAAGGGCCAUGCAGAAUUGCAAGCAUCAAAUGAGGAAUAUGGAGAAUAUCAAAGUGUAGUUCGCUUUCUUGACCUCAUUCCUCAGGACACACUGGCUUCAGCUUCCUUUCGCUCCAAAGCCUACACACGAGCAGUAAUGCACUUCGAAUCAUUCAUCAUGGAAAAGAAACAAAACAUUCAAGAACAUCUUGGAUUUCUGCAGAAAUUGUACGCUGCGAUGCAUGAGCCAGACGGAGUCGAAGGAGUGAGUGCAAUACGGAAGGCAGAGCCAUUACUCAAAGAACAAAUCCUUGAACAUGAGAGUAUUGGCUUGUUGAGAGAUGCCACCGCUUGUUAUGAUAGAGCAAUUCAGCUGGAGCCUGAGCAGAUAAUUCAUUAUCAUGGUGUGGUGAAGUCUAUGUUGGGUCUUGGGCAGUUCUCUACCGUAAUCACUCAAGUGAAUGGAGUGCUUGCUAAGAGACCUGAGUGGACACCUGAAUUAAACACCUAUAGAGUGGAGGCAGCCUGGAAACUGACACAGUGGGAUUCACUGGAAAACUACUUAGCUGCAGAUGGAAUGUCUAAUACGUGGAGCGUUAGGCUGGGACAAUUGUUGCUAUCGGCCAAAAAGAAGGAAGCUGCCGCUUUCUAUGAAACCUUGAAAGUUGUUCGAGCAGAGCAGAUUGUACCGCUAUCAGCAGCAAGUUUUGAAAGGGGCUCAUAUCAACGAGGAUACGAAUAUAUUAUCAGGUUACACAUGUUGUGUGAGCUUGAGCACUGCAUUGGACCGAUGCUUCAACAACCUGAUAGCAACUGUGUUAAAGAUUCUCUGGACUGGCAUGCUCGUAUAGAGAUGACCCAAAAUUCAUACAGAGCUAAAGAGCCCAUUCUGGCACUUCGGCGGGCUUUGCUCAGCCUCACUAAAAGAAAAGAUUAUAGCGAGCAGAUGGGAGAAUGUUGGCUCCAAAGCGCCCGGGUUGCCCGUAAAGCUGGUCAUCACCAAACAGCUUAUAAUGCUCUCCUCAAUGCUGGGGAGUCCAAGUUAUCUGAACUGUACGUGGAAAGAGCAAAGUGGCUCUGGUCCAAGGGUGAGGCUCAUCAAGGCCUUAUCAUUCUUCAGAAGGGAGUUGACUUAUGUUUUCCGGAUAGCCAAGUACCAUCUGACACUAAAAGUAAACUAAUCCAUGGGCAGGCCCUAUUGUUGGUGGGCAGAUUUAUGGAAGAAACAGCCAACUUUGAGAGUAAUGCAGUAAUGAAAAAAUAUAAGGAUGUCACUGCUUGCUUGCCAGAAUGGGAGAAUGGACACUUCUACCUUGCUAAGUACUAUGAUAAAGUGAUGCCUACAGUAACAGAAAACAAGAUGGAAAAACAAGGAGACCUGAUUAAAUAUAUAGUUAUUCACUUUGGAAGAUCAUUGCAUUUUGGAAACCAAUUCAUCUAUCAGUCGAUGCCAAGAAUGCUAUCUUUGUGGCUUGACUUCGGAGCAAAAGCCUAUGACUGUGACAAAGCUAGUCGCCAUGAUCGUGGACAAAUGAAAAAUGACUUGGCUAAAAUCAACAAGGCGAUUGCAGAGCAUGCACAACUCUUGGCUCCUUACAAGUUUCUGACAGCUUUCUCUCAGCUGAUCUCCCGAAUCUGCCACUCCCACGACGAAGUCUUCGCUGUUCUUAUGGAAAUCAUUGCCAAGGUUUUUCUUGCCUACCCUCAACAAGCUAUGUGGAUGAUGACUGCUGUGUCUAAGUCGUCUUAUCCGAUGCGUGUAAACAGGUGCAAGGAAAUCUUCAACAAAGCCAUUCAUAUGAAGGCAUCUUUGGGGAAGUUUAUUGGGGAUGCAGCUCGUCUGACAGAUAAACUCCUAGAACUGUGCAACAAAGCGGUUGAUGGGAACGCCUCCACAUUAAGCAUGGGUAUUCAUUUCAAAAGUCUCAAGAGGCUGGUAGAAGAGCAGACCUUUAGUGAGAUCCUUAUUCCUUUGCAAUCUGUCAUGAUACCAACGCUCCCUUCCGUUCCUGGCACACAUUCCAGCCACGACCCUUUUCCUGGACGUUGGGCUUAUAUUGCUGGUUUUGAUGAUACAGUUGAAAUCCUUGCAUCCCUCCAGAAACCCAAGAAGAUUACUUUGAAAGGUUCAGAUGGGAAAUCCUAUAUCAUGAUGUGCAAACCAAAGGAUGACCUACGAAAGGACUGUCGACUCAUGGAGUUCAACUCCCUGAUAAAUAAGUGCUUAAGAAAGGAUGCAGAGUCACGUAGGAGAGAACUCCACAUCCGGACCUAUGCCGUUAUUCCACUGAAUGAAGAGUGUGGAAUAAUUGAAUGGGUGAACAACACAGCUGGCUUAAGAAAUAUCCUGAUCAAAUUAUACAAGGAGAAAGGAGUUUACAUGACUGGAAAAGAGCUACGGCAGUGUAUGCUUCCAAAGACAACACCUUUACCUGAAAAGCUGAAAGUUUUCAAAGAAACUCUACUUCCCCGGCACCCUCCAAUUUUCCACGAAUGGUUUCUGAGAAAAUUCCCUGAUCCCACUUCAUGGUACAGCAGCAGAUCAGCAUAUUGUCGUUCCACUGCAGUGAUGUCAAUGGUUGGGUACAUACUGGGCCUUGGGGACCGUCAUGGAGAAAAUAUCCUGUUUGAUUCCUUAACGGGUGACUGCGUGCACGUGGAUUUCAACUGUCUAUUCAAUAAGGGAGAAACUUUUGAUUUUCCGGAGAUCGUUCCAUUUCGUCUUACACAUAACAUGGUCAAUGGGAUGGGUCCAAUGGGGACAGAAGGCCUCUUCCGAAGAGCUUGUGAAGUUACACUUAGACUUAUGCGUGACCAAAGAGAGCCACUAAUGAGUGUUCUGAAGACUUUUCUCCAUGAUCCCCUUGUGGAGUGGAGUAAACCAGUGAGAGGCAAUACAAAAACCCUAGUGAACGAAACUGGAGAAAUCGUCAAUGAAAAGGCCAAGACCCAUGUCCUAGAUAUAGAUCAGCGACUGCAAGGUGUGAUUAAAAACCGGAAUAGAGUAAAGGGCCUGCCUUUGUCAAUUGAAGGACAUGUUCACCAUCUUAUUCAAGAUGCAACUGAUGAUAACUUGCUGUGCCAGAUGUACCUUGGCUGGGCUCCAUAUAUGUGAAAUAUUGUCAUUUGCAAAUUAGUUGCUAUAACUGAUUUAUUUAUUUUUAAAAAAAGAAAAAAAAACUAAUUCUAACAUUUUCUACAGUUUCUACUUUGGUAAUUUCUGCCAAUGUAGGUUUGUGUUUCAGUAUGUGCAUGCUUUUGUUUAUAUUGUAUACUUGUGUAUAAAUAUUAUUUUCACUUGUAUAUCUGAAAAGCCAUUUUAUGUCGAUCAUUAGUUAAAACUUUCAUUUUAAACAAUUUAAAAUGGCAUACGAGCUGUUCAGUGUACCAUAUUUCUGUUGUUUUUUUCUGUGUAAAAUCCACCAUAUAUUAAAUGGGUACGCACAA